UGUUUUUUAGGACUUAGUGAGACUAGUGAUGUUCUAAAUGAAGAGAGGACAUGUCCUACAAGCCCACCUGAAGCAAUAGAAGUUACUGCUGGAUCAUCCACACUUACAUUACAAUGGAAGGAACCUGCAGUCAUUGAAGAUGGAGUCACAGUAGCAGAUUAUGUAGUUGAAUAUAAACAGGAUGUUGAUAAUGGACAACAGGGUUGGCUUGAAAAAAAAAUAGGAAAGAAAGAAGAAAAAUAUGUUAUUGAGGGACUUAUACCAAUGACACCUUACCUAAUUCGUGUGUCAGCUGAAUGUGGGAACGAUGGGCUCAGCCCUCCAAGUCAGGAAAUAAAGGUUUCAACACUAAAAGAGAAUAUUAAACAUGUACUCCUUAAGGAAAGUAAGUGUUUGUCAAAAGAUGGAAAACCUUCUGUAUAUCAGAUAUCAACAAAUCUAUGUGAAUUGGGUUAUCGACAAUACAGCUUAGGAAAAGUAAAUUAUCAAGUGACAAAUAAAGUGAUAUUAUUAAUAGGUGCAACAGGUACAGGAAAGACAACACUGAUCAAUGGAAUGGCCAACUACAUCCUGGGAGUAGAUCGUGAAGACGACUUUAGAUAUAAACUUGUACAUGAGGUUACAAGUCAGUCUCAAGCUCACAGCCAAACUUCAAUGGUCACAGCAUAUCAGAUGAAUUAUGAAGAUGGAUACAAAAUUCCUUACACACUCACCUUGAUAGACACCCCAGGUUUUGGAGACACUCGAGGUAUAGAACAUGACAAAAAGAUCACAGAAGCCAUCCAUGCAUUCUUUACAACUGACAGCAACAUUGACCAGAUUGAUGCUGUGUGCUUUGUAGUUCAGGCUUCUUUGGCUCGUUUAACACACACACAAAAAUAUAUUUUUAAUUCAGUGUUUUCUAUUUUUGGAAAGGAUAUCAAGGACAAUAUACUGAUCCUUAUAAAUUUCUCAGAUGGAGAGAGACCCCCAGUACUGGAGGCUAUAAAAACUGCUGAAAUCCCCUACUCUGAGGACAGCAAUCGGGACCCUGUUCACUUCAAGUUUAAUAAUUCAGCUCUGUUUGCUAAUAAUCAGACAAGUAACGUGAGUUUUAAUCAGAUGUUCUGGGACAUGGGAAAAGACAGUAUGAAAGCAUUCUUUAAUUCAUUAAAUCAAAUGACAACUAAAAGUCUUAAACUGACUAAGGAAGUCCUUAAAGAAAGGAAGCAGCUUGAGGUCACCCUACAGGCUUUACACCCACAGAUCAAGUCUGGGCUUGUAAAACUGGAUGAAGUCAGGAAAAUAAAGGUAGCCUUACAGCAGAACAGAGAUCUAAUGGAAGCCAAUAAGAAUUUUGAGUUUGAGGUAACAGUGAUUGUACCAGUACAGGAAGCCAUAAGUGAUCAUUUUAUAACUAACUGCCAGCAAUGUCACUUCACCUGUCACUAUCCCUGUUUUAUUGCCGAUGACAGCCAGAAACAUGAAUGUACAGCUAUAACCAAUGAGUAUUGUACUGCAUGUCCUAAUAAAUGUAUCUGGUCUGUUCAUUUUAACCAAAAGUAUAAGUGGAAUUAUGAGGAGAAAAAGGAGACAAGAAAUUAUGAAGAUAUAAAAAAGAAUUAUGAAAAAGCUUCUGGAGAGGUCAUGACAGCAGAAAAUGUAUUUUCAGAGCUACAGAAUGAAUAUUGUGCUGUGAGACAAGUGGUGCUGGAUCUGAUAAAUAAAUCUUCACAGAGCCUGAAACGUCUCCGUGAAAUUGCCUUGAGACCUGAUCCAAUGAAAACCACAGAAUAUAUUGACCUGUUGAUACAGUCUGAGAAGCAGGAAGCUAAACCAGGAUAUCAGGAAAGGAUCCAGUCUCUGAGUGAUGUCAGAGAGACAGCCAAGAUAAUAGAGAAGAUUGAGAGGGGUGAUCCAUUACUACCAGAGGAACAGGAACAUCACAAUAAAAGUAAACGGCAACAACAUAGCAAUAAUUGCAUAAUUGCAUAG